AGAAAAGCUCCGCCGAGUGUCCGUAGCUCUGACCCGCAGGAAUUAAAGUCCCGCUCGGACCGGUGGAGAGGUGAGCGACUGUCAGAGAGCUGCUGUCCGUCCACGGGUCUAUAGCCACAGCUACAGAGCUCUGUAAAUGGAAACAGAGAGGAGGAGCGGCGUCGUAAUUCUCCGUUUUUUUGCGCUCGGACAAACCGGCGCGGGGAGAAUAUAGCAGCAGAAAAGUUUCAAACAUCUGUGUGUCUUGGACCUGAGCUGAGGGCGACAGCAGCCACCAGCGGCUUUACCAGAAUUCAGUCCAAGUUCACAGCCGUGAGGUUGCUAUGGUGAACAGUAGGGUGGAGGCGCCCACAGUGGCUGUGAUGGGCAGUGCUGGAGGGACAGCAGGCAGGUCGUGUGCAGGAUGUGGAGGGCGAAUCUCAGACCGCUUCCUGCUCUUUUCCAUGGAGCGGUACUGGCACACACGGUGCCUCAAGUGCUCCUGCUGCCAUGCUCAGCUGGGUGAGUACAGCAGCACCUGCUACAGCAAAGGUGGCAUGAUCCUCUGCAAGAACGACUACAUCAGACUGUUUGGACACAGUGGAGCCUGCAGUGCUUGUGGACAGUCUAUACCUGCCAGUGAGAUGGUGAUGCGUGCUCAAGGCAGUGUUUACCACCUUAAGUGUUUCACCUGUGCGACCUGUAGGAACCGCCUCGUCCCAGGUGAUCGCUUCCACUACAUCAAUGGGACUAUCUUCUGUGAACAUGACCGGCCAGGGGGAGGCCUGCUCAGUGGACAUUCUACUCCACUGCAGGCCAACAGCAUGAUGUCUGACCAGAAGGUCUGCUGAGGAAGCAGAUGGAAAACCAAAUGUGUGCCUUCUCCCCCACUUUUCUCCACUGUCUCAUCUUCACCUUCCUCCCCUAGUUGUAAGUCCUGCCAUUGGCUGACCUUCCUCCAUUCUGAUGGACUGUCACUCCAGAAUGUGGACACAUUCACUCCUGCUGCUGGUUUAGAUUUUAUCUUCCCAACAGAAACUAUCUCUUUGAGAAGACUCUGGGGAGUAAAAUUUGGAUCAGUCCAGUGCUCUGUUGGAGGGAUGAGGAUGCUGAGACUGAGUCAAUUCAUACAAUGGACUGCUGUCUAUUGUGAACUGUAGCAAUAUGACUGAUAAGGAUUAGUGUGGCUGAACAAGGAAACUGCCAUGGAAUUAUCUCAUGUCUGUGAUUCCAUUGGAAUCAUCCACUGACUUCACCCAGCCAGCUAGUAACAGUGGACCUUGAAUGAGGACGGAACAUCAAAAGCAGGUUGAUUCCUGCACGAGAUGAAAUGUAUUUUCAAAAAAAAAAAAAAAAAGCAAAAACACAGAUUACACAGUUACUUUAACUGUUUGGGGUUUUUUUGGUUUGAUUAAAAAUUGUAUGGAGUUCUUUCAUUGAUUUCAGCUUUUACGUGUUUCCUUCCACAUUCUAUGAGACAACUGAACCAGAUCAUGUCUGUAUUGAUACGUAAAGAUUAUUACUCUGUGAAAUAUUCAAACAUGUUUGUCAGUGGGUAAGGGAAAGUGAUAGCUGCCUUUUGGUGGUAGUGUUUCUAACACAGAUGAGAGAACAGAGGAUUGAAUUCUUCAUACAAAAUCUGACAACAUCAAAGAACACGCUCAUUUCCUAUCAUAUGAACUAUAGACUUCAAAUUCUUAAAAUUCAUAAAGUGGCCAGAACAAUUAAUUGCCUCUGUGGCAGAAACAAUUAUGCUUUAUCAAACACAGCCCUUUAUUUUUAUUUAACCCAGCUCUCCAGAUUACACAAGCUCAACAUUUCCUUUAUCUUUGUUUUGUCUUGAUAAAUUCAUUGUUUUGUCCAUUUCCACAGCACACGUUCCAUCAGUAAAGCAAACGCCAUGUCGAGCCAUAGACUAUAUAUUAUCUGGGUCUGAAAAGUGAAGCCGACAUGUAAGUGCCUUAAACCAGCAUUCUUACGUACAGCCAGCAGGGGAUGACUGCAGAUUCUAUACACGUCUGUGAGAAAAUUACUGUAAUUCUCUCUUGAUCUGUUACAUCAGUAAACAUUUUCCUAAUGACUUUAUGGUCUCAGUUGCUAGUUUCCAGACUUUUUAAUACAACAUGAUGGUUACUUUGUGAUUUUAUUACAGUCCAUUUUCCAAAAACCAAAAUGGGAAUGGCCAGUUGCAAACUGAAGGUUUCAGAGUAAUUGACAAACCAGUGAGUGACGUCACAGUUACCACUGCCACUGUUUGUGUAAAGUUUAUGUGUCAGACGUUCCACUCUGCCCGUUUCGUUGAACUAUGUAAGUGACCACGACUGAAAUUUGCUACUUUCACAGUUUUAGGACUUUUUUUAUGGGAUGGCUUAACUGACCCCGUUUCCCAAAAACAACUAAACGACCUGCAAUUUUCCCUAACUUAAAGCCUUAAUGCAAUUUAAACAUUUAAGUUCAAUAAAAAAUUCACCCCUGUAUAGUUGUUAUAAACAGGAACAUUAGGUAUAGAGACCAAAACUGUUGUUUGCACAAGGCAGCAAAAGUGUUUAUUUCUUCAGUAAAGUUAAACAUUGUAAAAUGGAGGUUUGUAGGGAUUGACUUGCUUUUGGAAUCAGCUCCAAAUGGAAAUUUAAGGAACUGUAGUUUUUGGCACUUGGCUUCAUUUUUCUGCCCUGGAGGUUAGCACCUGAUUUUGGCACCAAAAUUACUGGGUUAGGUUUUAAAAAAAUAUUGAUUGGGGUAAAAUACACCCUUUCACAAGUUGCUUUAAGCUUCUCUACCUUUUUCUGGGUUAUCAAGAUGAUGAGUCACACCCCAUAUGGUCAAAAAGGAGCAACACAAUUCUACAGUUAUACAAUUUCAUUUAGCAGAUGCUUUUAUCUAAAGCGCAAACAUCUGAGCCUAGAUACAACACAAGCAAGGAUCUAGUCAGGAGAAAACAACCUAGAUAAGAGCCAUGAAACAAGUUCAAGUGUGAUAAUAGGACCGUGGUGCCUACAGGGAAUGCAGAUGUAAUAGGAUUUUUAUCUUUUAUUUUUUCCAGUCAAGUGCAAAGGUGUUCACUGACGAGAUGGGUCUUUAGUCUGUACGUAACGACACCUGGAAAGGAAUACAUUAAAUGUCUGAUAUAUGCUGAUUAGAAACAUAUUUAUGACAUGUCACAAAUAAACAAUGUUAUUACUGGUCCCAGAAAUUAGAGAUACAUGCUAUCAGCAGUAAGUAAACAUUGCUCAAGAGAAUGGCGAAGGUGAAACAACUGGAAUUACUAAGAACAGGAAGACAGUAUUCUGCUAACAAAGAGAAGCUAGGAGCAGUACAGUGGUUUAGAUGACAUGACUGCUGUUGCCCUGAUGAAAUUACUGCUGUGGAAUUGUACAUUAAACUGAAUUUGCCAUCUGAGACAACUUUUUGAGGUAAUUUCUCCCUUCUCAAUGUGCCUUUAUAAGCUACAGCCUUUAUUUGUUUGUGCUGACUGCAUGAUGGAGCAUUAUCGCUUGAGUCAUUAACAAAAGUAUGACUGUCACAAUGAGGAUGGCAUGCAUUUAUAAAACCGUUAAAACAACAGUUUUAAUUCACCGUCAGACUUGCUGCAAAAUGUAAGUCGUAGCUAUUAAAUAACAAGACUGGGCUUAUGUUGGUUCAACCACAGCUUGCAGCCUGAACCAUGUAGCAUGCACUGAUCAAUGGGUAGCAAUAAACAACCCCUGGAAGUUUUAUUCUGCUUGAAUUAAAUACAGUUGAAUUGCAGCAUAAGUCUUAUUGUUUAAUAGCCACAACUGGUAUAUCCCAAACUGCAGUCUUUGUAAUGUGCUAAAUGCAUUGUUUUAAAUUACAGUUUUGAUAUAAAAUCAAAUAAUUGUUCAGCCCUACUCUAUACUUUGAUUUUUGAACAAAUAUCUGCAAAACUCCCUUUGAGUGCAGAUUAGCAGCCAACAUUGACAGGCUACAAUAAAGUGGUGACUGUGAUGAACCCCCAAAUGCUGGGAAAAAUGCAGUUAAUUUGGGCAUAGCAUUGGUCCAGUAGGGCAGAAAACACAAACAUCUAGAUUCAUCAUAACUGCUCAAAACAUUGGCCAUCACACAGCUACUAGCAGCCUUUUUAAAUUUGAAAUAUUUGUAUAAAACAUAGGCUGCACAGUGGAUCUGUGGGUAAAACUGUCACCCACAGCUAGAAGAUCACUGGGUUGCACCCCGGCCUGUCGUCUUUCUGUGUGUAGUUUGCAUGUUCUCCCUGUUGGUUCUCACCGAGUACUCCGGCUUCCUCCCGCAGUCCAAAAACAUGCUGAGGUUAACUGGUGAUUCUAAAUUGUCCGACCAGCCGUCCCCCCCACACCCCCAAAGAACGUCAAGGAUAUCCUUCCCUCUCAUUGACUUUUCUUUAUUGUGAACCAUGAUGUACUUUCAACAUGUUCCAGACAUCAUGAACACAUUCAGGCUUUGUACGUUGAUUGUAAUUGAGUUUGGAAAGAUUAUUCUAAGAGAUUUAACAUCAGUGACUCAUACUGUACACUCUAAAUGUUUAUUCCAGAAAUGUUCUAGUUUUUACUCUUUAAGCUGAUCUGUUCACAGUUAUGAAGGAAGACUGGGAUGAUGUGUUUUAAGUGCACAAAAUGUGUUGUAUUUUACAGUGUUUGAAUCAUGUUUUCUGUGUUUACUUUUUGUUUUAUCUAAACUGUAUGUGGAAACAAAAUAAGUCCACUCAGAAGAACUAAUUUAGCCAUUCAUCUGUGUCUCACAUGUGAUGUGUGUCUGACUGUGAUGAGCAUGAUUGGGCUAAAGCUACAGUAAGCAUGUGGCAUAGAGCUAGAGAUAGCGGCUUCAGACUGAGGAGUAAGUAAGAAAUGCUUGUGGUUCUCAGACAAACAUGGCUGAUUACCCACAGGAAUGGGAUUUCAAAGGCCUGAGCCCAGGCCAUUACAGAAGCAAUUAAAGUGGGAUGCGCUGGAGGCCGACAUGGGCUUUAGCUGCACUCCAGUGUUGCAGCCUAAUGAGGCCUAAUCUGGUGAGCUGGUCUAAUUAAAAGGGAGGGAGCUUUUUCCUGUGGGCCCAUGCAGCCAGCAGUUUGUGCUCUCCAUUGCUGUCUAAGGCAAACAAAAAAAACAAAACAAAAAAAAAGCACAAGACAGAAUAUAUGCAUUGUUUUCAACAAUAAAAUGUUCAUUUUCGUCUAUUCUCUGUACCUUCAAAUUAAAACAUGUCGCUUGACAUUUUUAACAUGA